UGCUAAUGCAUAUUUGUGAAAAGUAUGCACAUUGCUCUUUCAGCGGUCGGUGUCAAUUGCCGUGAUUGUGACUUCACAAGUGGAUUGCAUAUUAAAAAGAUCUGAAUCCUUGUGUUUUAACAUUUUUCAUAUAAGGAAUUUGGGAUGUUUUGCUAUUGGAUACCUUACAUUAUGUGAAUUAUAUACGUAGCGCUACGGAUUUCACCCUACAAAAGAUUAUGUAAGUUUCAGAAGAUAUGUCAAGUAAGCUCUUCAACGUCAUCACUAGGAUCCUGAUACAUAUUUAUUAAUAAAUUAGCUUCUGAAAUUCCUGUGAUUCGCUUUGAAAAUUGUCAUAUAGUGUAUUGUAUUUGUGUUUCGUAAUUCGAAGUUUCGGAUAAUUUUCAGUGUUUUGGUUUUUAAAGUACCUAACCACAUUCUUGACAGCUAGAAAUUUCAGAUCAGUUUUGAAAUCAUUCAGUGAUUUUUUUUUUUCGUGUUCGUUUUAAUUGAAGUGAUCAAGUAAACUGAUGCUUUAUUACAGCGUUUUGGUUCGCUGUUUUUAUUGACAGCUUAUUUUAGAUUUUUCUGCGAGUGUUGUUAAAGCGCCAGAUCUGAAUUUCUCCAAUGAUAACUGCUAUGGUUGCUGGAUAUUAUGAGCUCAAUGGAAAUGAAGUCUACCCACCAGGGACUGAUGCAUAUGGUGAAUACUGUUACGGCGUUCAAGAUAUGUGUAACCAUAUGCCUUGCACUUUCCAUGGGCACCCAGGAAUGCGCAUGGUGCAGAACAAUAGCCCGGGACCAGUGCCUGUGCAGCUACAGGUGCCAUCCGGCCACUUAGUGCAACAAGUAGUGGACGAAAAUGGAACCGUUCGCCACUUCCUUUUCUCGCCACCCAUGCCGAUGCCUGUCGGACCACACUAUAGCCCAAGUCAUGCAUCUUCUGCACCUAUAGCGCAGUAUUAUCCAUAUCCCACACCUGCCUAUGGGCCUCCACAUUUUCAACCACAGCCACCUAGUCAUAUGCAACCUGCUCUUAGUCCUCCUACUAUUCCAGGUAUUCUUCCUCAUCCUGGAUCACAGUGUAAUGGUGAAUCUCCACAAGAUUUGGAUGCAUCGCCUCCACCCAGUCAAAUAUAUCUGACACAAAAAGAUGAAAGCUAUCAGCGCUCCACUUAUAAAUUUCGUAGAAAAUUGGAUAGUCGGAGUAGAGACAAGUUAACAAUGCUGCCAAACCAAUCUAAUUCCUUUAUUUGUAGAAAAGAGAAAAAGAUCUAUGGGUAUGACGAUCCCUACCGUAUUAGUGGUAGCUCUGCAUCUGGCAGCAAUGCAUCUGAAGAUGAAGAGGUGACAUGGAUGUUGUCAGAGUACCUUUCAAAUCUUAGGCCUCCUAUGGUUACAGAAUUAUCACCAUACAGCGUAAUGGUGAGUUGGAAACCUCCAGAUGUCCCUGUUUCUGAUUUAGACCCUAUUACAUGUGCAACUCUUCAACAAAGCGAAAUAAUGUAUGAAGUGAUGUUGUGUGAGAAAGGUAAAGAAGGCCGCUUCAAGUCUGUUUAUAGUGGUAUGGAUCACCAUUGUAACAUAACAUCGCUGAAACCCUCUACAGAGUAUUAUGUAUGUGUUCAAGCUUCGGUAGAUGAUAUUCGUGGAAGCAGUGCAAAAGGUUUGACUUUUAAAACACAAUCUGUUGAACCCGAAGCCCCUCAACCUCCUAGGCUUUGUGCCAGAACCAAAAACAGUCUGACUUUAAAAUGGGGUACAAGUUGUGAUUCUCCAACUUCCAAAAUAACGUACAUUUUAGAAUAUGAUGAGGUGAGCCAGCAGGGUUACAGCAGAAAUAGUUUUGUUCCUGUAUACACUGGGCCUCUAAAGCAGUAUAAAAUUGCCAAACUAUCUCCUGCUACUGGGUAUAGGUUUCGUUUAGCAGCAAUGAAUGAAAAAGGAAAGAGCGCCUAUAGUGAGACUUGUUGCUACUUCACCAGUGGCAAUGUUCCUAGUCAACCUUCUCCUCCUGUUCUGAAACAAGCUUACAUCAAUCGUCUUCACUUGGAAUGGGAGAAGAGAACAUUUGAUGAUGAUUUUAAUUUGCAAAUUGAAGAUGAAACUAUGAGGCAUGGUUUCUUAACAGCAUAUAGUGGCAGAGAUAAUCACUUCAUAUGUUCUGGUUUAAGGGGAAACACAGAAUACAAAUUUAGGUUAAUGGCCAGUAAUGAGGAAGGUUCCAGCCCUUGGAGCAAAACUGUUACAUAUUGUACCCUGCCAGAUAAACUUAGCUGUCCUGGUAAACCUAUUCCUAAAGGUCGCAUCCAUGCUUCCUGCUUCAGAGUUACUUGGGAACCUCCUAAAGAUAAUAAGCAUUCUAGCAUAACAAAAUAUAUCCUGGAAGUAGAUAGAGGUUUUGGAUUUGAGGGUGUAUAUACUGGUCCUGACACUGAAUUUUUUUUGGAAAAUUUACUUCCUGGCACUACCUAUAAAUUGCGUGUAGCCUGUAUUAGUGCUGCUGGACAUAGUCCAUAUUCUGACGUAAACAGUAUUACUACAGCUGCUGUGAGUCCUGGCAAAUGUGCACUGCCAAAGCUUCAGAGCAAGCCUGAAGCAUCCUUCGUAUGUCUUGACUGGGCCCACCCGGAACAUGAUGGUGGAUCAGCGGUAGCUGAAUAUGAAGUUGACAUGACAAGUCCUGAUAAUGUUACACUUCAGGUCUACAAAGGCCCGGAGACCUCUUGCAUUGUCAAUGAUCUCCUUCCUGGAAGACCUUACCUUUUUCAAGUUCGAGCUUAUAAUAGAGUAGGGGCUGGCCCUUUUUCUGAUCCUUUAGAAGUUGUUAGUGGAGCAGGACCUCCAGAUGCUCCACGGAACCUUUCUGCAACCUGUGAUUCCCCAUUCAGCUGCAGUUUGUCUUGGGAGGAGCCAAUGAACAAUGGAGCAGCUAUUACAAAUUAUCAGCUUCAGUGGAGUACAGAAGAUGAUGAUGAAAGUUUUUGUGAGCUUUAUGAAGGCCUUGUUUCUAAAUAUAAAGCACAAGGAUUGAUGCCUGCAACUUCAUAUUAUUUUAGAGUUCGAGCAAGUAAUGAAGCUGGACAUGGACCAUAUAGUAAUACUGUGUCGUCUAAAACUCCUGCUUCUGUUCCUGGCGUGAUAUCUGGCUUGAAUGCGCAGGCUUUAUCAAAUGUGAUUUGCUUGUCAUGGACGGAGCCUCCUUCAAAUGGCUCAGACAUAUUGAGUUAUAAUGUAGAAUUAGACGAUAUUUUGUAUAAUACUGAAGAGAAUAUUCCAGAAAUAAGCAUUGAAGAUUUGAAUCCUGAAACUUUGUACAGGGUCCGAGUGCAAGCAAUCAAUGAAAUCGGUGAAGGUCCAUUCAGUGAGACUGUUGAGGUUGAGACAAUGAAAUCUCCACCUUCUCCACCUGAGCUUGAAUGUAUAGCAACUGGUCACAACUUCUUAAGGCUCAAGUGGAAUGGAGCUAAAAGAGAUUGUUUGUUUUAUACUGUGGAAAUGUCCAAUAAAUCCAAGAGCUUUGUACCAGUUUACCAUGGACCUGGAUUAAGCUGUAAAAUAAACAGACUCCAGGAAAAUACCUCUUAUAGUUUUCGCAUUUGUGCCUCCAAUGUGUCUGGUCAAGGCUCGUAUUCUACAGUUUAUACUUUUCAAACAAGCCGAGCACCACCACCUUCACUUAAAGCUCCUAAAGUUCUUAACGUAACAGAUAGUAGUUGUCAGGUAGAAUGGACUGGUGCCAAACAACUUCCUGGAAACUUUUGUACAUACCAGCUACACAUGACUGCAAAUUCUACAGACAGCUUAAUUGUGUAUCAAGGAGCUGAUACCAAGUGUACAAUAGAUCAUCUUGAACCCAGCACACAUUAUGUGUUACGAAUUGCGGCUGUACGACGCUGUGAUGAAGGAGACUUGAUAGGCAAUUUUAGUCCAUCAACUGCUUUCACUACACGACAAGCAGAAGUCACCCCGCCCACGCAGGUGGUCACUCCACAAACCGUCUCGCAUGUUGACAGAAGGACGAUGAAUGAUAGGCACUUUGCGGCUCUAUUGGUCUUUAUUUUCCAAGUUAUUUCCUUUUUAUUUGCCAUGUUUUUGGAACACUUUCUCAGCUUGAGUGGGACAACAUAAACGAGCAUUCUUGCUACCUUUUUUUUAAAUUUCUUUUUUGUUGAAAAUGGUGUCAUACAUUUCCUGAAAAUGGCACGACACAUUUGCUCAUUCCUGGUGCUUGGAACCUCAUAAUGUGGCAAUAUAUUCCGAUUAAAAAAAAAAAUUCAAAUGUUGCUAGAUAACCUCCAUCUGUAAAACAUGUACAUUUAUUCCUUUGUAUAGCAGUAUGUUAAAAAAAGAAAGGAUUUUUUUAAGAAAAUGAAUUUUAAGAAUUUUCUACUGAUUUUUAAUUUUGAAUGGUAUUUAAAUUGUGUAAUUAAAUGCUUGAAUUAGAUUUUAUAAUCCUGAAAGUUGUUUCUUUUAAAUCACGAAUAUUAUUAUUUCAGUAAUUGCAUACAUGGAAAAUUUAUUCAAUCCAAAUUUUUUUGAUAAUAUCAAGUAGAUAUGUUAUUAAAGAUAAUCAUUCACAUAUGUCUUUAGAUAUAAAAUAUAUAAUUAUUUCUAUGCAAAUUUUUAAAAAUUGAUUUUAAUUAUGAAUUAAUAAUGAGAAUGUUUUUGAGAUCUUUGUGUAUUUUAUGUAUAAUAACAUUUUUUCAUAAAUUUCUCACAAAAAAUACUUUUAAAAUUAUUUCCGUGCAUGUAAAUUAAAAUUUUUAAUUCUUUGAAAUUUUUUUUUAGCCUUUGACUUUUUUUAUAUUAAAUUUUAAUUCACCUACAUUUAUAUUUUAGUAAACUUAAUUCUAUUUUAAGACUUCUCUGGUACUGUUAAUGUACUCACUAAGAGUCACAAAUUUUCCUGAAGUGAAAGAUAAAUCAAUGCCCAUGGCAUGUUCACGAGCUUAGGAGAUUUCAUACUUCAAAGUCUUUUUAUGAGGAGGAAAAUUAUUAUAGAGAGAUAAAUGUGCUUUACUAGCUUAUUGUCUGAAUAGUAAGCUAUGUAGUUAUGGUUAUUUUGUAUUUAGUUAUUUUAUAUUAUAUCUAAGUCUGUUAUUUAUGCUACAUAUAUUUCUACUGCUGAUGGCAAUUAAUACAAUCUUAUGACUGUUUCAUGUGGUAUGGCUGUGUUUAUAGGCAAGUAUUCUAGCCUUCAUGUUGAAUAUUCCACUAGCUCAGUGGAUGAAUGUGUAAUCUAUAUGUAUAAAAUUUGUAAUCAUUCUCUGGUUUGGAGGUUUAUCAUCAAUUAAAUAAAUCAAUGUUGUUAUAUAAAAGUUAUUUUUUUUGUUGAUAUUUAUGAUUGCAGUCUUUGACAAUUGAUGAAACCCAUGUUUGUAAAAAAGGUGAAAAUUUUAUAGAAUUAAGUAAUGUAAUAUAUGAAUUUUUAUUUAUUGUAUGCAAAAUUACAUCAAAUUGAAAAUUUUAUUUUCAAUUUCUUAUAGGUUAAGUUUUUAAUAUAAAUAAUUAUCAUGAGAAGUUAUUUUUAAACCAAUAUUUUAAUCUUGCGGUAUGCAGUUUUUUUCUUUCUAAGCCACAGUUAUGGGAAUUUGUAUAAAUAAAUAAAAGGAAUAAGUGGGGAACUUUAUAACUAAAUCUUAAUGUUGAACUUUAAUACUUACUGAAUUAUAAAACAUGUAAUUGGUUGAUCAAAUUAAGCAUUAAAAAAUGUGGCAUAUUGCUCAGUCCAUGGUUAAUCAAGUGACAAUAUACUAAAUAAGUUUUGAAUAAUCACAAUAAUUCAAGUGUUCUGUAUUUCAGAAUUUUUCAGGGUUUUUGUGCUUGUCUUUUUUCAUGUCAGAAGCAUUUUGAUAUAAUUCCAGUGCAUUUUGUAUUUUUAUAUGAAAUCUUUAUGUGAAAAAGUUAGCAAAAUACUACACAUUCCGCUUUUUAUGUUUAAUUUCAUACACAUAAUGAAUUUACAGAUGAAAAUGGUUUUCCAUAAUAUGACUUAAGAAGACCUAUUGUGGUACUUGUUUUUAAAGCAAUCCAUUAUUGAUGUAAUUAACUAAUAUUAGUUUAGACAUAUAUGUAUUCAAUAUUUUAACAGAAAAAAUAUUAGCUGUGCCUUUUUUGGCUUUAACUUGGCAAAUUUUGAAUUAAUAUAGUAUUACCAUCUUAAAUGUAAUAUUAUAGUUAAUGAAGAAACCAUUUUCCGUCCAAUAUUGAAAGUAAAUCUACUCCCAUAUGUAUUUUAACGUAACAGUUCAAAUUUUAAUUUAAUAAAAUUAGCAGUUUUCUUUAAUUUGGACAAUUGAUGUUAUUCCUCCAGAAAAUUGGAGGGAGGGAAAAAGAUUUCUAAAAUUUUGAGUUUGCUCAUCAAAAAUUCCAGCAUAAGCAUUUUUUUUUAAAACUUAAAAUUUGCGGGAUGUGGAAAAUGAAUUACCUUUGUGAUAUGAUUUCUUGUUUGUAAGAAUUAAUAUUGAUUAAGUUUGAAGUGGUAUUAAACUCCAUCAUUUAAAUAGUGCUUAUAAAUUCUGUAUCUGUAUUUUUGUUACUGACUUAUAACUGCUUUAAUAAAGGAUAUCAAAAGUCAUAAUAGUUAUUUUUUAAAAAUUAAAAUUGAUUUAUUUAGCCUACUUCUAUACGAUUCUAGUGAAAAUUAAUUUUAAAAGUUUUUCUAAAUAUUUACUUUUUUUUGGCAUUUUUAUAACUUUUCUUAUUUGGUUUUUGAAUGGUUAUUUGAUUUUUCAAGAAUUAAUAAGGCACAAUAUUUUAUUUUUUGAUUAUAUAUAGAUACAACUGUUGAGCAUUUCAAUGUUUAUGGUGCUACCUGAUUAUUUCUGAAUAUAAUCAAUACUAUCAUCUGAUAUUUUUCUGUUUUAUCCCUCUGUUUUCUUGAGCUUGCAACUGCAGAAAUAUAUUUUAAAUGUAUAAUAGAUUAGUUUAAGUGAUAAUAACUAUUGUAAGAAUUUGCUUUUGCUGUAAGGAAUGAUACAUAUCAAAUGUAUUGUCACUUGCAACUGACACCAAGUAACAUUUUUUUCAAAAUGAUUAUUAAUGAAAUUAAAAAUAUUUUGGGAGUAAACAGUUUAGGUAAUGAAAGAACAAAAUAUUUUUUAUUUGUCUAUGUAUUUUUCUUUUCAAUGGCAGAAGAAAUGAUACAAAAAUGAAUAAUCUGUCAACUAGUAAGAAAAUAAAUUAUAUACACUUGUUUUCAAUUGAUAUUUUAUUAUUGUUCUUAUAAUAUUCUUGUAAAAAUAUAUAAUUUUAUUUUCAAAUUUUCUGUAUAUUAGAAUUAUUUAUUUUAUAAAAGAGUUAUAUGCUGUAUUUUAUACAUUUAUCUAAUCACUUGUGUUUUGAAAUAUAGAUUUGUCUAUACCUCAAAUCUUAUAAAAAAACAUCAAAAUUUCUUCAUAUUUUUAUUUAUGCAAAUAUUUUUUUAUUUGCUAUACAUAAUUAGUGUGUAAUCAUCUGAUUUGUCUGUGGCAAAAAUAGCAUGGUGCUGUAUUUUGUAUGAAUUAUUGUUAACAGUGCAUCUGCACUUUUUUUCCUUCGGCAUAUUUUAUGCAUGCUUUUUUUCCUUUCAAACUUACGAAAACAUGUCUACAUUUAUUAUAUAGAAAUAUUUUACUGUAUGUGUAUUAAAUAUUUAAAUCAAAACUUGUUAAUGGAUGGCUAUGAAAUUUUUACUUAUUUCUGUUAUAUUAUUUUGUUUGAAAGUGUUUCAGUGCUGAGAUGAAUUUUCUUGGGUGUCUUACCACUGCCUGGUUGCAGUUAUGGUGAUCAAAGAGUCCUUUUGUAUCAUACAAAUCCUAUUGCAUUUGUUAUACAGCACAGAUAAAUUAUUGGGCAUUGUUAAAGUGUGACUGCUUCAAUAUGCAGAAUGAGUCAUUAUACUCGUAUAUCAAGGGAAAUUGUAGAAAAUCUAUUUGAAAGUUUGAAUACUGAGAAGUUUAAUAUAUAUAUAUAUAUAUGUAUGAUGUAUGUAUGUGCAUGUAUUGCUGCUCUUAAAAAUUUAUUUUGCAAUAUGUCCCCUACUGUUAUUAAUUACACUCAUUUAUUUGCUGAUGUGUGCAGUUAUCAGAAGUUAUAUAUUUCAAUGGUAAGGAUAAUGCAUUACAUUUACUUGCUGCUUUUUGAACAUUGUUGUUUAACAUGCAUAUUAAAAAAUGUCAAGUUGAAGGUUUAAAAAUCUCGGCAUUUCAAAAUUUGAUUCAAAUAGUGCUUUGAUUUGCUUGCAAUUUUCUUUGAUUUAUAAUUUUAAAAAUUAAACUACCGAUCAAAUUGUCAAUUAUUGUGAAAUAAAAGCUUUUUAAAUCACGUGUUUUUACAUUGUAUGAACAAAACUUAAAGCAUUACAUUUGAAAGAUAAGAUCUAAUUCUUCUCCCCCCCCCUUUCAACACAUACACUCAUUUUUGGAAAAUGAACAUAUACAUGGAAUCAUUAUGGUUAGUUUUUUUAAAACAAUUACUUAUGUUAUUGGUGCUUGAAAAAACAGAUACAAGAUGAUUUUGUCAUUUCCUUUUAAUCAUAGAUUCGCAACUCAUGGAACUUUAGCUGCAAACGUUUCAGAAACAUUUAUUUUAAACUUUUGUACUCAUAAUUCAUAUUCAUUCUCUCACAAUACCACCUUAUUGCCUCACCUCAUAAUGCAAAAUAGACUAGGAACACUAGCACACAUACCUGACCUUAAAUCUUCCUUUCGAUGAUUUUUUUUUCUAUUCUUGUAUCUGUUAUAUCCCUUUCUGUAUUCUGAACCAUCCAUUAAGGUAUAGGAAAAAUCUGCAGGUUUGUAGAAAUUCCUAAAAAUUUUUAACAAAAAAGAAACAAUGGUGGUCAAGAGAUCAUGUUUUGCAUGUACACAUUUGCUUGCAACCAAAGGGGGUGGGUGGGAGUUCAAUCCAUUCUAAAACUGUUUCAACACAAUGAGCCAAUAUAUCAAAUGAUGCAAGAAUGAACUACAAGUUAAAAAAUAAAAAAGAAUUUUAUCUUUGAA